GCUGUGUGACGUCUGCGCUGCCUCCCAUAAUAAAAUACCAGGAAUUAGAUAGAAAACAAGGUGCAGGGGCCGGGACACGCCGAGUAUAUAAGGCAGCGGCGGGGAUCGGGACACGCUGAAUAUAUUAGGUAUCGGCUGAGACAGGUUGUGAUCGCUGAUCGAGCAGCACAGAGUACACAGGACUCCGGACAUGUUUCCCCUGGAUUCCCCCUGGAACAUUUCUUUUGCCGGCUGUGGAUUCCUGGGGAUCUAUCACAUCGGAGUCGCCAGUUGUCUGAAGGAACAUGCGCCAUUUCUGGUGGAAAAUGCCAGAAACAUCUAUGGAGCGUCCGCCGGAGCCCUGACUGCUUCUGCGCUGGUGAGCGGAGCCUGCCUGGGAGAGGCAGGUGCGAACAUUAUUGAGGUCUCUAAGGAGGCAAGAAAGCGGAUCCUGGGUCCCCUGCAUCCAUCAUUUAAUCUAGUGAAGAUUAUUCGGAAAUGUUUGUACAAGACCCUGCCGGACGACGCACACGAGCGCUCUAGUGGAAGGCUGGGGAUAUCCCUGACACGGGUGUCUGAUGGUGAGAACGUGCUGCUUACUCAGUUCAACACAAAGGAAGAGCUCAUACAGGCAAAUGUAUGCAGUACAUUCAUCCCUGUAUACUGUGGACUGAUCCCUCCAUGUUUGCAAGGAGUGAGAUACGUCGAUGGAGGAAUUUCUGAUAACCUUCCCCAGUAUGAACUGAAGAACACCAUUACGGUCUCCCCCUUUUCAGGCGAGAGCGACAUUUGUCCCCGUGAUGGUUGCACCAACAUCCAUGAGCUCCGGGUCACAAACACCAGCAUCCAGUUUAACCUCAGUAACUUGUACCGACUGUCUAAAGCCUUGUUCCCUCCAGAACCUCAGGUUUUAAAAGAUAUGUGCCAACAAGGAUACAAGGAUGCGCUACGUUUCUUAAAAAAGAAUGGGCUGUUGAACCGGCCACAGCCAAUGAGAUACCUGGCUCUGCCACCACCUGUCAAUGAGGAUGAAGAGAUUGGGGAUGAGAAGGCACAGGCUGUAGAGAGUGCUGUGGUUGAGGAGGCCGAACAACACGUAUUUGAGCAUCUUCCCCAGAGACUAAACCAGGCUCUUCUAGAGGCUUGUACUGAGAAACGUAGUGUAUACCUCUCCAUAUCCAACCUACUACCUGUACGCCUGGCAUCUGCCCUAAUGCUACCAUACACUUUACCCCUGGAAUCUGCAGUUUCCUUCACAGUCAGACUUUUGGAAUGGCUUCCUGAUGUCCCAGAGGAUAUCCGAUGGAUACAGGAUCAGACACGGAAAGUGUGUUGCUAUGUUCUGAGGAAAGCAAAGAAGAAGCUGGGGAGCCACAUCUCUGCCAGGUUAUACUAUCAUUUGGAGCUGAGAAGAUCGCAGAGCCUUCCUGUGCCAUUGGUUUUUGGCACCAGCGAGUCUUUGCCCAGGUGGCUAAGGAGCAAUGCCUCCUUGAUGGACAUGAUGCAGAAAUGGGAGGACUAUCAAAGGCAGCUGAUGCCUGGACUCUUCUGUAUCAACGUGGACAUGCAGGCCACGCUCUACCACCACCAACAACCACAACACCCUCAGAUCUCAAUGGACCCUGGCAGCCUUCUGAUGGUGGAGGUGACCAAAGCGGAUGUCUCUGAGGCAUCGUGAAGGCCCAUAAAGAUCACCCACUAGAACCUAUAUGGUUUAGGACUUUCUCCUAGUGGUCUACUUAACAAGCAAUAAUCAUUGGCCCAUGGUUAUCUGUGGAUGUGUUUUAUUCUAAGGUAAAGUGGUGUGUACCAUACUCCACUUCAGCCUGACCAACUUCUUAUGGGACGUAAAUGUCUGUAACCAUUUAGUGGCAUAAAAGUCUAAAGGGAUAAGGAUUGAUCCACCAGGCCAGGAUACUCAUUUGCAGUAUUAUCGGAGCAGUGUUAUCGGAAAGUGGAGGUACAGAGAGGUUAUUCAAAUGCAGUGUUUGCCAACCAGCGUGCCUCCAGC